AGCAACGCAAAAUUUCCCUUCAAAUUUCUCCCCUUUUUUCUAUUUCUUCCCCAAAUUAAUGGAGUGGAUUAGAGGACCAACCAUUGGCCGCGGCGCCACGGCCACCGUCUCUUUAGCCACUUCUGUCCCCUCCGGUGAGCUUCUAGCCAUCAAGUCCACCGAGCUGUCCCGGUCCAUGUUCUUGCAAAGAGAGCAACAUUUCUUGUCCAAUUUGAGCUCACCCCACCUAGUCAAGUACAUGGGUUGUGGUAUUACCAAUGAGGAUAAUAAGUCUAUGUACAAUCUUUGCAUGGAGUAUGUUCCCGACGGCACACUUUCUGAUGAAAUUCGGCAGCGUGGAGGCAGGCUGGAGGAGGAGACGAUCAGAUUGUACACUCAACAGAUUGUACAAGGUUUGGAAUACCUUCAUAUCAAUGGCUUGGCACAUUGUGACAUCAAGAGCAAAAAUAUACUGUUGGGUAAAUCCGGUGCCAAAAUCGCCGACCUGGGCUGUGCUAAAUUGGUGGGAGAUGUUGCAACAUCAGGGUUUUCCGGCACACCGGCGUUCAUGGCACCGGAGGUGGCACGGGGAGAGGAACAGGGGUUUGCGGCGGACAUAUGGGCUCUUGGGUGCACGAUCAUAGAGAUGGGUACUGGAAAUUUACCGUGGCCGGAGCUGAAUGAUCCUGUGCCAGCACUUUACAAGAUCGGAUUUUCCGGUGACACACCGGAGAUUCCAAUCUGGUUUUCCAAGAAAGGUAAAGAUUUCUUGGGGAAAUGCCUGAAGAGAGAUGCAAAGGACCGAUGGACAGCUAAAGAAUUACUCAAGCAUCCAUUUUUGGAGGAUACAGAGCCGAAUUCAGGGGAAGAAACAAUUUCUCCAAAUUCUGUAUUGGAUCAAUGCUUCUGGAAUUCAAUGGAGGUUUUGGAAAGUCCCAGGAACCUGAUCAAUACAUAUGAUUCUUCUUCGAACUCUCUAGCGGAGAGAAUCAAGGACAUGACCGGGAGUUCUUCGCUGCCGGAUUGGACUUGGGGCGAGGACUGGAUCACAGUUAGAAGCAAUGGCGUUGAAGAAAACAGGGAAUUUUGUGGUUCUGAUGAGGAAAAUCUCAUGGUAGAAGAUGAACCAUCAAUUCAAACUGCAUUUUUCUUGGAUUCUCAUGAAGAAGAGAUUGAAAGUACAAUGUUCGAUGAGGAUCAAUUCCUGGAAUAUUCUGUUGAAAACACCAUUGUCUUUAGCAAUAUAAUGGAUGACUUUGUAUUAGAAUGCAAUGGACACAAGUUCUCAUUCUGGUGUGAUGAAACUUCGCAUUUGAAUUUUGAACAGAACAGUUUUUGGGCUUUGGCUGACAAGUUCCAAGGUCAAACCUUGUUUAGGGGAUUUUUUGGCUCUGAUGAGGAAGAUGCCAUGGUAGAAGAUGAACCAUGGAUUCAAACUGCAUUUUUCAUGGGUUCUGAUGAAGUAAUUGAAAGUUGGAAUACAUUUGAUGAGGAUGAAUUCCUGGAAAAUUCACAACACUAUUGUUUUUAGCAGUAUUAUUUAUUAUAGCUUAAUUUUUAUAAGACAGUCCAAAAUUUGAAACAGAAAACGAGAAUUCUCCAUUUAUAAAUCCAAAAAAUCCCAUCUUUUUGUUCACAUGUUGUUGUUUCUCCCCAUUUUUUCCUUUUGCUGCAAAUUUUCUCUUCAGUUGCCUCCGAGUAAAGGUAAAUUUUGGCU